AUGUUGGUGAAAGUGGAAAAAGAAAUGGUAACAAACGUACCUUUAAUGGAUCCAUCCCGCGCUGAAGUCAAUAGUAUUUUCUGCUACUCAGGUGGAGGUGCUACAGACGUUCGAUUAAAAAACAGUACAGAUAUUGAAGGUCUCAAAUCAAGAAUUAUUGUUGCUGGUGCUGGCGGUGGUGUUACUCUUGAUAGUUAUAUUGAAGAUAAUAACAACAAUCCAACAAAUGGGACAGGAGGUCACGGAGGAAAUCUCAAUGGUGGUGAUGGAAGUUAUUCUCACCAUGGAAUAGUGAGCUCCACUUAUAUCCCUGCCACAGGAGGAAGCCAGACUAGAGGCGGUAAAACAGGAAUUUCCGAUUAUGAAAAUUUUGUUAACGGUCAAGAUGGAGUGUUUGGAAUGGGAGGUAAUAGUACCAAAGAUCAGUCUUCGAUUUCUGGAGGUGGUUCUGGCUACUUCGGAGGUGGUGGAGGAUCUGUUUCGAUCGAUAGACAUGGAACUGGCGCAGGAGGUUCUUCGUAUGUGUCAGGCUGCAACGGUUGUAACAGUGUUUCGAAAUAUUAUUCAGUCGAAAACAAUAACUCGUUCAUUGGUCCUGUUCACUACUCAGGACUUUCAUUCACCAGUAUUCAAAUGCUUUCUGGUGAUGAAAAACUUCCAUUGUAUACAUCAUCGAAAAUUGAUCAUUAUGUUGAAUAUGAACAAGGUCAUUUAGGUGAUGGUGCAUUUAAGAUUACUAUUCUUUCACGUAUUAAUAUCUGUUCAUGUAAUAUUAUUAUCUAUUCCAGAUUUUUCUCACUCGGACUAAUAGAUCUUUUAGUUUCUUAA